GUUGGCCUGUCUGGACAUUGGAUCGGGUGUGGUCGACUGCUUGUGUAAACCUGGUUACCGUGGAUCCAGAUGUGAGAGAUGUGCACAUGGUUACUACGGCAAUCCAUUGGUGCCUGGAAGUAGUUGCAAGCCAUGCAACAGAGGGGAUGGCAUCAACCUUUGUUUUCCUCCAAAUGCAGACUGUGAUAGUUGCACUUAUUCUUUAUUGGCCGACCUGGAGAAAAUGGCCGAUGGACUGACUUGGCUGGAGCAUCAGCUGAAGAACAACAGUCCUGUCUCUGGUUCACACUCAAUGCUGAACAACCUGGAGACUAACAUUACUGAAACCAAGAUUCAGUUUGGGAGGUCCUACACUGCUGUGAGACACCUGGAACCAGAUGCUGAACAGCUGGAAACAGAUGUGAAUGUUGUCGGUGACGACUUGAGUCAACUGGUUGACAAGGUUUUGAAGAAUGUGAAUCAAACCAAGUUGAAGGACGAUGAUCUUCUCCCUGAAGCUGAAUCUCUCCUCACAGAAUUACAAGAUUUGAUAAAAUUGCUGUCUGAGGUGAAGCCCGGAGGAUCCAUCACUCUCUCUGAGAACGACAAAGUCAGGACGACGGUGGAUGCUCAGCGCAUCAUGCAGGAAAUGAGACAGAGCGGCUGCAGCGCCGCCGGGGAGCAGGAGGAGGCACACAAACUGUUGAACUUAAUCUACGACAACUUCACAACUCCUGCACUGAGUCGGACGUCAGACUCUCUGAUGGUCUCCGCCUCGUCUCUGAGGGAACUGGCUGAGCUGCUGUCAGAGGCAGAGGACGGAGUCAACAGGACGCGGAGCCUGAACCUGAGGAGUCACACUACGCUACAACAUCUGCAGUCGGAAAGAGAGCAGAACUCACUGCUUCCUGUGACUGAAACGACCAAAGAUUUGCUGAAAAAUAUCACAGACGUCUUCUUAUUGCUUGAGGAAAUAAAAAAAGAAUUUGAGAACCAUGCAGGUCAACUGGAUGGUGCCAGGAGGGAACUUGUCAAGAAGUUUAACAUCUUCCAAAUUAAGACCAAAGUGGAUAUUGUCAACGAGGCCGAGGAACAAGCAGAGCAGCUUAACAGAGAGGUAGCAGAACUUCAACAACAUUGCAGAGUGCUUCAAAAUGCUACUAACAGCAAUGAACCGCUCGGAGUGCUGAGUGAAGGAGGUUUUAUCGGCAUCAUAAAGACCACACCAAUGGCAGAAAUAGCAGCAAAUCUGUCCAGAGAGGCUGCUGAUGAGGCUUUAAAGGAUGCGAAGGAGGCAAGUCUGGUCGAUAGGGCAGAAGGAUUCAAAAAUUCUUCAAACAAUUUACAAACAGAAGUCUACUACUCACAGAGUGACCUGAAAAAGCUUUCACUUCCAGUGAGCUCAGGUAGAGACCGUGUCAGGAAACAAAAGGAGAAAAGAAGAUCACUGAGAAGGAGUAUCUCAGCCGUCACUGAUGACCUUAAAUCAAUUAGAGGAGAUGACACCAAACUCCUGAUAGACUCGGCGAAAACAGCGUCCUCUGAGUGCGAUUCCACAGUCAGAAAUUUAACUGAGAGACUGAGGAACAUCAGCCAGGAGGUAGAAAGAAUAACUCUGAGCAGCAACAGUGUCAAUACGGACAAUAUGAAAGUUGAUGUAGAACAAUCAUGUGAGUAUUUAUCAUUAAAAAUCUGUUAUUAG